AUACUCCUACAACAACUCGCAAACAGACAAGAGCUCAAGAAAAAUUUUGUAUUUUUAUAUUUAUCGUGUGUGUUGUGCGAACGAGAUUAAUAAGGCUGCAAUCAAAUACUCAACUAGCGACAUCUUUUAUCGGAUAGCAACAAUGAUGAACUCACUUUCGCUACUCGCCGCUGUCUUCGUGUCGCUACUGUGCACUUUCGCGAGCGCCCAUGUAGCGGACAGUAGAAAAGGAUUAGACAACAAUAUACAACCUAAUGCAGCUACACCCAAGAGGAAACACUUAAAGGAUAUGGUGCGCAUCAGGAACGCUCCCCCGGAGACGGUGCAGUUAGAACCUGGGGCGCGACUGGUGCUGCAGUGCGAUGUCUUCGGGAAACCAGCACCAAGCGUACAGUGGCUGAAGAAUGGAGAACCUAUUCUUGAUUAUGAAGUGGAAAGCAAUGACAUCCUUCCCGCUCAUCCUUCAAGUCUUGCACUCCUCACCAGCAAACUCGUGGUAUCAUCGUCAGCCAACGGCGACGUGUACACGUGCGUGGCGACCUCUGCGCUUAACCAAAAAACCGCUUCCACUACUGUUUUCACUGUUGAUGGCAACGAUGAAGAAAAUCUUCUGACGUUGGAGAAGUUGUUCCGUAUGCCUACUAAGCCAGUGAUCACCACUUUUUACACGAAUGUCUUCCAAGACAUUGGAUCUGAGCUAAUCCUGCCUUGCCGAGUGGAAAGCAACAGCCAAUCCCAAAUAUUCUGGCAAGAUCAGAACAACGAACUUAUUUUCGGAAACUCUAGGAUGCGGGUGCUGCCCUCUGGCGACUUAGUAAUCUCUCCGCUGCUGUGGUCUGACAUGGGUAACUACUCGUGCAUAGCUAAGAACGUGUACGGUAAAGAUACAGUGGACACUUUCGUUUAUCCUCUGAAGCCGUCCAAAGCAUAAAUGCGCCAAAUCUAAACUGUUUGACCAGAACCGUUACCCGCCGAUUUAAUCUCGAUGUUCCUAUUAUUAAGUGACGUUUAAGCUUAAAUUAACUUAUUAUUAGCUUCUAAGUUAAAAUGUAUACAACAAAGUAAUAUAAGUACUUAAUAUAUUUAAAAAAAGUUAUUAUGUUUUAAGUUUAAAAGACAUUCAGCCGUAAAAAUAAACAUUUAAAACGAA